AUGAGUGAAGAGAGGAUAGGUGAGGUUGAGGGAAGGGAGCUAGAGAAAUGGAUGGGUGUUUUUAGUGGGAAGGGUUUUGAGGGUUUUUGUCCGUUACUACCAAUCGUUUUUGAAUUUCAGUUCAAUAAUAUUACUCUUGCAGCAGAGGGGAAAUAG